GGUGACCUUCGAGGUCGCGUAGCUCACUCUGGUAUCGGCUGAAGGUCAAAGGGUCCUGUAUUAUGUCGUGCAUCAAAAGGUUAAAGGAGCACCAGCAGUUAUUACAGGCGAUUUUCCCGAAAUCCCAUCCACGUUUUCGAAUCACCUCAUGUACUCUGGAUGAGAUAUCUUGCUCUUUUAUUUAUGAAAACUCCUCUUUAGAGAUCACUGGAAGUCUUUUGGGCACCUAUCCACAGUCACCUCCGAUCUGGUUUUCUGACUCUGAAGAUACGUUUUUAACACUAAUUUUCCGUGAACUUCAGAAUGUUGAACCUAGUAACUACACUAUUGACCGUCAGUUAAAAAUAUUGAUAACUGAAUUAUGUCGAUACAAAAAUGUACCACAUCCCCCUGAACUGAUUGGUCUUUGUCCAGAUUUCCAUCCCAAACCGCUACGUAUUGACUCCAUUUCAACUGCCGAACCUCCUCCUGCCAGUCCGGAAGGAAAUAGCGAUGCUGAAGAUACAGGUUUCGAAGAUGAAGAUGUAAUACUAAAUGAUCCAUUCGAAGUUUCUAUUACAGGAGACGAUCGACCUGAGUAUGAUGGUAUUUCAUCGCAGGAUGCUGAACAACUAGAAAAACUGAAGGCCACGCAAAUACAGGGCGUUACCAAAGGUUCACUCCAAUCAUCUGAUCGUCUAAUGAAAGAGCUGAGGGAAAUCUAUCGAUCAGACAGUUAUAAACGAGGUAUUUUCACUGUUGAAUUACAAAAUGACAGUCUGUAUAACUGGAAAGUGAAGUUGUACAAAGUCGAUGAAGACAGUGGGCUGCAUAAAGAUAUUCAGGAACUUAGUAAUCAUCCAAAGUUAGAGAAUCACCUGGGUUUGCAGUUCCUGUUCAAGGAAACUUACCCUUUUGAACCACCUUUUGUGCGUAUUCUCUAUCCAGUCAUUGAAAAUGGUUAUGUUUUAGCUGGUGGAGCAAUAUGCAUGGAAUUGUUUACUAAACAAGGUUGGUCUAGUGCUUAUGAUAUUGAAUCAGCUAUUAUGCAGAUAGCUGCCACCUUGGUGAAAGGUCGAGCACGCAUAAAUUUCAGUGCAACAGAUGAUCAGUAUUCCCUUCGUCGAGCUCAACUAUCUUACCGGGGUCUAGUUCAAAUUCACGAAGAAAGUGGUUGGUAUACUCCACCGAAAUCAGAUGGUUAAGCUUUCCACACUAUGUGUUUUAAUGAUCCUCAUACCGCCGCCUUUAUACAUGUGCAAAGACAUCUGGUGAUCAAUAACAAUCCGCUAAAAAAUAUCAACACCAUACUAUAUAAAUUUUUAUGAAAUACACAAGUCUUUUCAUCAUAUGAGGAGAGACUGGGUGAAUCAGUUUUUGCAUUUCUGAAUAUAAUUUGUGUUGUGUGUGUGUUUCCACUGCACACUUGUGCAUAUCUUCUUCAUGUUUCCAUGAUUUUUAAGCCUUUUAUUCCUCUAAAUAUUAUUAUUGUUAUUAUAGGUGAGCUACAUUUGUACAUUGUUUAUACUUACUUGUAUACUCGUUUAGUUCUUUGCUUAAUAUCUCUCUCUUUCUCUCAGUUGUCAUUAUGUGUUCUUUUUGAGUCUCCUGCUCCAUAUCACUAUAUGAUAUCUACUAAAAUAACAUGUUUAAUGUGUUUUUUGUGUGCUCAUUAUGUGAUCUCUUGGUGUUUUUACACUUUGUUUUCUUUUUUGUUUUGCUCAGUAGAAAAAUGAAUGUGUCUUUUUAUUUGUGAUCUCUUCCAGUCGUUUUAGCUCAUCUCUCAAUUUAAAUUUUUACGCAUGUACACAUGCAUAACUUUUAAUAUUCCGUUUAACCAUCAUUAGUCCAUCUACUAUGUAUAGUAUAAAAAAAGGGGUGAAUAGGGCAUGAAAGAGUGUGCGAGAGAAGACAGACAGACAGAGAGAUGCCGAUAAAUUGUCUACUAGUCUCUGUCUUCUCUGUGUUAACCACUGCUUUCUGUGCUCCUUAAAAUGGAGGGAAAAAAACUGUUUAACAAUCUCUUUAAAUCAUCCUAUUCAUAUUCUGAUUGUAUUUUUAAUCACCUAAAAUCAGUUAUAUCUCUGUAUCAUUCAUUAGUAUUACGAUUUUAGCCUUUGUGUUGUGGUUAUUAUCAGAAUUUAUCUUCUGCUUGGUCUUUUCUGGACAAGAGUUUACAAUAAUAGUUCUCACAUGUACUUUCAUCAAUGUAUUCUUCUCUUUGUUUGGUUUUUGGCGGAGAUUUUU